AUGAAUGCGAGCAAUCCCAUUGAGAAAGCAAAAUCCCAGAUAACCGCUCCUUCGUCCACGCCAGACCCCACGCCAUCGCGACCAACCGCGACAACCGACACGACGAGCAUGACCGCCACACCUGGUCCUAUCAAGACAACAACCAACGUCUACCCAGCCGAGUCUGACAGUCAGCCUUCUACUCAGUCGAGCGAUAGGACAGCAACCGCUUCCGCUCCGAUCAAGACGACAACUAACGUCUACCCGAGCGAGUCCAUCAGCCAGCCUCCUACUUCUCAAUCGACUCAGUCGACUCAACCGACCCAGUCAAGGACUGCAACCAGCGGCAAGCGCGAUACCAGGAACUCAAACGCCGCCUCAUCCGCGACCGCCGGAAACACAAAGUCCAACAUGCAGAGCUCCAGCACUGCCCCACUGCCCUUGGCCGACUCCUCCGAGUAUGCUCCGUCGACAACCACUAGCUUCAUCGACAAGCACGACAUUGUAUGCCCGGACCCAACUGCCCACCGCGACACCAGACUCCAAGAGCAAGCCUCGACCGCUGCUUUGUACGUUACCAAGACUGGCAAGAACUCGAAGCAGAGAGACGACGUUCUUGAUUCUAACAACAAGCUCUCAUCACGCAGUGCCGCAGCUUCGCUCAAGUAUGCCAGCCCUCGCGAUCUGCCCAGCUACCCCGUCGUCGGAAUCGACACGACUAAUUCUGCUCAUUCCGCCGCCAACCUGGCAAAUUCUGGCCACAAGCAAUUCGAGCACUGGAAGCCAGACCCCUCCAAGAAUGCUGGCAUCGCAGCAAUGGCAGCAAAGGAUUACAAGAUGGCUCCAAUGUGGAAGCCCGAGCUGAGCGCUGCCGGUUCCAAGGCUGCUUUGCUUGCUCACAAGGACGGACCCAAGCUGAAUCUCUGGCAGCCCGAGGCUUCAGCAGAGGGCAACUCUGCAGCAGGCAUCGCAAUGCGUAACAAGAACCUCGGUGUCAACCUCGAUUAUGGAUACACUGAAGAUGGCCAUAAGAAGGCUCUCAUGGCUGCUACUGGUGCUUUGGGCAAGUCGAGAUCGACCAAACUCCCACCCGUCGAGCACCCUAGAUAUCCCGACUCUGCCAAUUCGGCACACAAUGCUCUCAAUGCUGCUACCAUGGCCCACAGACCAGCCACCAAGUCAGUUCCCCAAGACUCGAACAGCAUCAGCUCCGACGCCAUGCGCGCUGCUCGUGUACAAAACAUGGGUAAAAACGUAUCUCGUGAUAUGUUUGGUUCCGCACCUCCAGUCGACUUGGAGGUCGAAGAGAAGAAGAAGCAAGCCGCACUCCGCGCUUCAGCAAUUUCCAUGGCCAAGCAAAUGUACACUCAGACCGAAAAGAGAAGGCGCGAUGACGAGGCCGCCGAGGUUCAAGCACGCCUUGGAACCAGCGCCGCUACCGUCUCGCACAACCGCGUUCCUUCGGCCGCCUUGACCCAGCCCGACCUGCGUCAACAGGCUGUGCAGUACAUCCAUCUGCAAGAGGCUGCUCAGAAGCUUGCCAACGAGCGCCUUGCAAAGAUGGACCCUGAUGGCGCUGCUCGUUACCGUGCACACUACGGUUACGAACAACAAUCACCACGUUCCCGCUUGUCUCUGCGUAAUCGCCCUGGCAGAAACCGUGCCGAGAGCAACCCUAAGCCUGUUCAGAACGAUGAUGAUUCAUCUGACGACGAGUUCAGAUCGCGAAGAAUCCGUCAUCAGAUGUCUUCUCUGAACAACUCAGUCGCUCAGCAGGACGAGAAGCGAACUCAGGACCGCGCCGCUCUACUUGCUGCCGCUGAGAAAAAGGUGCAGGCUCAGAUGCACACCAUGGAUGAGCAAGUCUUCCAGCAAACUGGCCAAGUCACACCUGCAAUGAUGGAGGAGUGGGAGGCCAAGGCUCGCGCUCGCGCUACAGUCGAUAGUGAGAAUAGGCAACGCAACUUCGGCAAGGUCAACAUUGGCGGUGGCAAGUACAUGGACCAGUCUGAGCUUGAUGCCAUUGCUCAAAGCAGACUCCAACCCACUCUCAAUGAGAUCAACGACAAUGCGGAGAAGAAACGCGCCAGGGACGAAGAGAUCCGUCUCGACCAAGAGGAAAGAAGACGCAUUCAGAUGAGCGAGAAAGAACGUGAAAAGGAAGUCAAAGCCGAAUCGAAGCGCCUUAAAAAUCAAGAAAAGGCCGAAGCAAAGGCCGCUAGACAGGCCGAGAGGGAACUCGAGAAGAGUCGCAAAGCCGAGGAGAAGCAAGCUCGCAAGGACGACAAACGCAGAUCCAAGGAGGUCAAGAGAGAGACCGAGGAGGCUACCCAGACCUCUGUUGCUGCCCACGCCGCCGACAGACCCUCAACUUCUGGCGCUGUUGCGACCACUACUACGACUGAUGCCCACUCCAGCAUUAAGGAUGAGGACAGAGAUGUCGAUGUUGAUCGUACUCCUGCUGUCGAUAACGAGACUGUUGCCGCUACCGAUGGCGCACCUCUCGAGAAGAGCGAUUCUCCUGACAUGAUGACUAGAAUCGCUACCGGCGGUACAGUACACAGCACUAAGAGCGGCCUUCGUCCUGAGCUCGAUCGUCACGUUUCCACUGUUGUUAGCUCCAGCUCUUCAAGCGCACGCAGCAGUCUCAGCCUUUCGAGCAUUGACGAGGACGAGAACACCCACCCCGUGGCUGCUGCGACCGAGCCUGCACCCGUUGCUGAGACCACUGCUGUCACUCUACCUGAGUCAGAGCCCGUCGGUCUCACUUCUCCCGCAACCGCCAGCUCCGUGCCCUUCCAGCGCCGCAAGUCCAGUCGUAUGAGUGGCUUCUUCUCACGCUUCAACCGCAAGUCGAAGCCCGCUGAGAAGACCCAGGAGCAGCCCAAAACUACCGCUGUGACCCUGCCACCCACUGAGGCCAAGAAGUCUCUCUCGACUUCUGAGCCCUCUACUACCGAGCCCACCAGUGUCACUGCUGUCGCACCUGUAACCAGCGAUGUAGCCUCGGAUUCCUCUUUCCGUCGCCACGACACCGACCUUCACAGCAUCUCGUCGCUCUCGAGUGACGAGCAGCUCCCUACCACUCGUCCCUCAGCCCGUCGCGGACGCAGCAGCAUCAGCGCCAUCAGCGGCGAAGAGGAUGAGUUCGAGGAGGCCCGCGACCACUUCGACGAGACCCUCGCUCCCCCACCCACUUUCGGCGGACAGCAAAAGAACCAGAGUCCCGCUCGCGAGACCAAAUUCCAAGAGGAGUUUUAG